UGAUUGGAUACCUCGUCCUGUGAUUCACAAUAUGCGCUUGCCGGGCGCCGGAGCAUUUCCGCCAUUGCAGGACCGGCAGCACGGGUGGUCCGUUGUUACUGCGCUCGUCCGGGCCAUGUGAGCAGCGGUACAAGAUCUAUAGACAUGUAUAGACCUUCAUUGCCACCAGGCAGUGAUCCGAAGCCAAGAGUUGGAGUUCAUUCGGAUGAGUCGACGGGACGACGAUCCACCCAGCUUGGUUUCCACGAUGUACCGACUCUUCCAGGAGGAGUUGAUUCAUCGCAGUCCCAAAGAUGGCGAGUUGCCCAUCUUCAUGGUGAGCUCAGGGGCCUGCUGUGGACGCCCAGUGGCGCAGUGUUCCACACCACACAACUGGCGCAAGAUCUGCCGGUGA